GCACGAAUCUUAGCGCAUUAUUCUCACCUCUGCCUUUCUAGCAAGCUCGACUGCGCGCCGCCGGAGUCCCUUCGUCUCUUCCGGCCAGCUCCCGGACCUUCGAGAAGCUUCCACUGCAACGCGAGCACCGACGGGCCAUGGCGUCCGCCAUCUCCGCGGGACCCACGCCGCCGUCAGCGACGGCGUCGUCGGUGGAGUGGCACCAGCGGCCGCCGAACCCGAAGAACCCGGUGGUGUUCUUCGACGUGACCAUUGGGUCCAUCCCGGCCGGCCGCAUCAAGAUGGAGCUCUUCGCCGACAUCGUUCCCAAGACCGCCGAGAACUUCAGGCAGUUGUGCACUGGCGAGUACAGGAAAACACAGCAGCCACAGGGAUACAAGGGUUGUCAGUUCCAUCGAGUUAUCAAAGAUUUCAUGAUACAGGGAGGUGAUUUCUUGAAGGGUGAUGGUAGUGGAUGCAUAUCAAUCUACGGUACCAAAUUUGAUGAUGAAAAUUUCAUUGCAAAGCAUACUGGACCAGGCCUGCUCUCCAUGGCAAACAGUGGAGCAAACUCUAAUGGAUCUCAGUUCUUUUUAACCUGUGCAAAGUGUGAAUGGCUGGACAACAAGCAUGUGGUUUUCGGGAGGGUGCUAGGGGACGGUCUGCUCGUCCUGCGGAAGAUUGAAAACGUAGCAACUGGACCAAACAACCGACCGAAGCUUGCUUGCGUCAUAAGCGAGUGUGGCGAGAUGUAGCACGCUCCUUGACAACGCUGACGCUGAUGCAGGCCUUGCCGCAUUGAUGUAAAAUGUUGCAGGAAACAGCAUUGAUCCUGUAGUAAGCAUGCCAAGUGUGGUAGUCUCUACAAAUUCGAAUUAUCUUUCUGGAUCAGUCUGCCACACAUAGCUGCGGAAUAAUAUUCAGACAGUGGACUUGUGUCCAUGUUCAGGGUAUUUGACAUCAUAUGCUUCGCACGUUUGUUCUGGUAUUUGGUUUCACCGCUGUUCA